AACAGCAACAUGACCAGAGGACCCUUUCUGGUUAAGAAGUAAGAACAUAUUCAUAACUAAGCAAAACCGCCUUAAGACCCCAUUGUUGUCACAUCUAUUUUGUGUUUUUUUUUUUUUUUUCCACCUCCCCUGUCUCAAAAACAGAGGACCCUUUGCUCUGUUUCUUGAUUCUGUCUUCUCUCCUACUCAAAGUUCAAAUCUUUUGGACAACACAGUGAUGGCAGAUCGACGAAGGUGACAAUGACGAGGAAGAGAGACGACAAUAACAAGGGCUCCGUUCAUGGAGAUGGUUAGAACGGCGUCGUUUGGAACCAGCUCAAGCUUUGUUCUUCGUAUUGGGCAAACUCUCUUUUCUUCUGCUUCGCUUCUUUUUAUGUGCUUUAACGAUGACGAAGAUUUAUACGCUUACACUGCCUUCUGUUAUUUAGUUACAGUCAUGGGUUUAGUGACACCAUGGAGCGUGACGUUAGCCCUAAUGGACGCUUACUCCAUCAUCAUCCAAAGCCUUCCUAUGCAAGCAACAGUUAUAUCAGUCAUCGUCGCUGGAGAUUUUGUUCUGUCGUUUUUAUCGCUGGGAGGUGCAUGCUCGACGGCAAGCGUGGCCGUAUUUUUGAUCGGAGCCGGAGAGAAGCAGUGUGAUCGGUAUAAGUUAUCGGCGACAAUGGCGUUUUUGUCUUCGUUUCUUUCUUUUGCUUCCACUUUCUUUAACUUUCGUCUUCUUCCUUCUUUAAUGUCUCACUAAUUAGAUUUCAUUUCACCAGUUUAAUCUUUGUAUUAUAUUCUCCUUUUGUAUUUGCUCAAGAUGUUUUUUUCCUUUCUUUUUUUCAUUCGAAUUGUUUCUCAAAAUGCAUAUAUCAUGGC